AUGGGGCUCGAAGAGGUCAAGGCACAAAGCAUGAAGCGUGAAAAAAGCAUGCCUGGAUGUCGCAAAUAUCUUAAAGCCACGCGAACCUAUGAAGAAUAUGCACUCUCACCGUCUGUAACCUCUUCCAAAAACAUCCUCCUCAAACUCCUCGUGUAUUCAUCUUCCACUGCUGCCUACAUACCAAAUCUUCCGCCCUAUGUCACGUUAGACAUGCUUUGA